AUGAAGGUUGGAAAUGGUAAGAGUAUACACUUCUGGUUCGAUAAUUGGAUGGGAAACGACCGCUUGAUUGAUAUUACUGGAGCAAUGGGAACUACAUACCUUGGGGUUCGGCGACACACUAUGGUAAGUGAAGCAGUGGCUCUUGGGGAUUGGAUCAUACAGGGAAAGAGAAGCCGACGGUAUCACCAUCUCUAUGAGAGCAUCUUAGCUAAAGAGGCGCCUACUAGCGAUAAAGGGGAUGAUGUUGUAUUGUGGAAGCAUGGAGAAAAUGAUUUUAAACCUGAAUUCUCAGCUUCGGCUACAUGGGAGAAAAUCAGGCUGCGAAGGGAUAAAGUCGGCUGGAGUCAUGUGAUUUGGUUUACACAGGCUGUGCCUAGAUACUCAUUCAUUACUUGGCUCGCGAUAAGAAACAUGUUAUCUACUGGUGAUAGAAUGAGAACUUGGGGUCUAGCGCAGGGGUGUGUGCUUUGUGGAGAACCAGAUGAAACAAGAGAUCACCUAUUUUUUGCUUGCCCUUACUCAUAUACAGUUUGGGAAUCACUGGCUAGAAAUUUAUUGGGCAGACACAUCAAUCCGGAUUGGGAGCAGACACUUGCUUCUCUGCAGCGUAUGGGGGGGCGCAAAGGUAUGGAUGCCAUUUUGGCAAAGCUUUCGUUUCAGACUGUUGUUUAUCACCUGUGGCGUGAGAGGAAUGGCCGAUGUCACUAA